AUGGCCUUCAACGCUCCACUCUGUCUACCGACUGCAGCAGCUCUAUCAACGGAUCUCUGGCCUUCCGUGGCUAACGCUUUGGCAACGCCCUGGAAAGGAUUCAGUCAGCCUUCAGAUGUUUCCUUAGCCAAGCGACAGCAUGAACACUUCCGGGGGGUUCGGGAUGAAGCUUCGGUAAUUCAACCGCGUUUGACCCUUCCCGACUAUCUGAAGUCGGUUCAGCUUAAUUCGCUCCAAAGCACCUCCCAGUCAUACUCCGCGAAAGGCCAGCAAACCUUGACGUCCCUAUUUUCAACUCCUAUCCGAAAAACAAUAUGGGGCGCUAAACCUUUCUCAACGGCGAACAAUCUCAAAUUGAACUCACCCCGCCAGUACUCUACCGUCUCACUCCUCCAACUCGACCGAUCGCGAAGUAUCCCAACAUUGAAGGGCAUCUCACAGAUCCAGCAGCACAGAUUUCUAUCUGGAGGACCUUUCCACAAUCUCUUAAGCUACACUGAGAGAACUGCAAACAGCAAACCUCAGAGCGUUAGCGCCCAAAAUGCCUUCUAUAGUGCCUUACUACGUGCCAAUCUGCCAGCAAUUAUCAUCGAACGAUAUCGAAGCGGAAGAUAUGCUAGUGACGCUACCAGUGAAGCUACGUACCUCAAAGCUCUUGAGCGUGUUGGCGGCUUGGAAGCUACUGGUGCAAGAGUUGGACAGAGCCAAUUUCAAUCUCAAAAUCGGAACCUCAGCAAUGAUCAGCUGCAGGCUGUUGGCCAAGCGGUUGCUGCUCAUAUGAGUGGAGGGCAGGUCGGGGUAUCUACUAAAAAAGACGGUACUGGUGCCAAAGAUUCCCCUCUCUAUGUCGUGGUGGAAGAAUCUCUCUCAAGCUCAAUAUAUCGAUGGGUCAAGUUUAUCUUCAUCUUCUUGCUCCUCACUUAUGUUUCUUUUGUCGUGAUCAACAUCAUCGCCGACACCACUGGUAUUCUGAAAAAUGUUCGAGGUUCCCAGGCCAACGAAGCCCAACCGCAACACCAACAAGUGCGUUUCAGUGACGUUCACGGAUGCGACGAAGCCAAGGAGGAACUUCAGGAACUCGUCGAAUUCUUGACCAACCCUGAACGCUUCAAUUCUCUAGGUGGCAAACUUCCCAAAGGUGUACUUCUCGUUGGACCUCCUGGCACUGGAAAAACUCUGCUCGCCCGUGCUGUUGCUGGAGAAGCUGGUGUGCCGUUUUUCUAUAUGUCUGGAUCUGAGUUCGAUGAAGUAUAUGUUGGUGUGGGAGCUAAGCGGGUUCGCGAAUUGUUCAACCAGGCCAGAGCCAAGGCACCUGCCAUCAUCUUCAUUGACGAAUUGGAUGCAAUUGGAGCCAAGAGAAACGAAAGAGAUGCCGCCUACGUGAAACAGACACUAAACCAACUUCUUACCGAGCUUGACGGAUUCUCCCAGUCAACUGGUGUUAUUAUCAUUGCUGCAACCAACUACCCGAAACUUCUCGAUAAAGCCCUCACACGACCUGGCCGUUUUGACCGCAGGGUCGUGGUUGGCCUUCCUGACGUCCGUGGUCGCGUGGAUAUCCUGAAACACCACAUGAAGAACGUUCAAAUAAGCACUGAUGUGGAUACUGCUAUAAUUGCUCGUGGAACACCCGGUUUUUCUGGUGCUGACCUAGAAAACCUUGUCAACCAAGCUGCCAUUCAUGCUAGCAAGAACAAACAAACCAAAGUCGGCCCGAUGGACUUCGAUUGGGCCAAGGACAAGAUUAUGAUGGGGGCCGAAGCUCGCAGCAGAGUUAUGCGGGAAAAAGACAAGCUUCUCACUGCAUAUCAUGAAGCCGGCCAUGCUCUCGUUGCCCACUUCUCCCCUGCAGCAACACCCCUGUACAAGAUUACUAUUGUUCCGAGAGGUAUGUCAUUGGGCACAACUCAUUUCCUUCCGGAAAUGGACGUUGUCUCGAGAAAUUACACCGAGUUCUUGGCGGAUAUCGACGUCUCUAUGGGUGGCAAGGCUGCGGAAGAGCUUGUUUUUGGUCCAGAAAAUGUCACAAGCGGAAUAUCAGCGGAUCUUCAACACGCAACCAACACUGCCUUCUCUAUGGUAACUAGAUAUGGAUACUCCAAAAAACUAGGUUCCAUCGACCUCAUUUCAAACUACAAAACCUUGUCUUCUGAAACCAAGCAAGAAAUUGAAUCUGAGGUCAGACGACUUGUCGAAGAAUCAAGUAAACGCGCAACAGCGAUUCUCACAGAACAUCGCAAAGAGUUGGAGCUAUUAACCAAUGCAUUGAUGGAGUAUGAAACUCUGACGAAGGAAGAGAUGGAAAAGGUGCUGAAGGGAGAAAAGUUGGAUAAGCUCGAAUCCAUUGCUAAGGCUCCAAUUAUGCUACCAGACGCGCUGAUGACAACGGGAUUGAAGGCUCCAGCUGGAGAAUCAGCCGCUUCCAAAGGAGCAGGGGUAUAG